ACGAUGCACGCAGCACGAUUUACGAGUUUGGAUGAAUUGAAUGAAUAUAAAUUAGUUUUAUUAGUGGCGUGAUCGGUGAAUAAUACUAGUUUACGUUGGUUUAAAUAAGUGAUUGGAUUUGUAGGUAACUUUAGCUGCAAGACGUGGUUUCGAGUUUAAUCGCUGCUCAUUUUAAACUACCGUACGCUAAAAUUAGUUUAAAGUUGUUAUUUUCUCUUGCGUAUAUUUUCUAUUAAACGCACUAAAUUGUUCAUAUAGAAUUUGAGAAAAUAACAUGAGAGUGACCGCUUUGUAAUAUUAAAUUUAUAUCAGUUUAAUAAAUUAAGAGCUAUGUCUGCAUCGUCGUAUGAAGAUCAUUAUGAUGGUUGCAAAGCCUUUUUAUUUUUGGCAAGUAAAAUAGGUCUUCCCGUAGAUCUGGUUAAUUUUUUGAUCGCACAAAUAGCUGCACUAUGUCUGGCCAGAUUGUUUCGGAAACCAUUGAAAUUAGCUUCAGCUGAAUUUCGACACUCAUUAUGCCUCAUUAUAGGUUUGCUAAUGGGAUACUUCUGCUUUGGAAAGCAAGCGGUACAUUUAUCCAUGUUGCCUAUGAUAAGUUACAUACUUUUAAAGUUUGUGCCACAACAUUUGACAGGAAAUGUAAUAUUACUGUCUUCGAUGAUAUACCUAUCAUGUAUUCAUUUGCAUCGACAAAUAUAUCAUACGGCAGACUAUUCAUUAGAUAUAACAGGGCCGUUAAUGGUUAUAACGCAACGAGUGACUUCUCUUGCAUAUUCGUUACAAGAUAAUAUAACAAAAAAAGAGAUCAAUGACAAUACAAAAGGUUCGGACGAGUUGAACAGACUCAAUAAGCUACCGUCUCCACUUGAAUAUUUUGCAUACACACUAGCAUUUCAAACAUUAAUGUGUGGACCUGUGGUAUUUUACCCGGACUAUAUUAAUUUUAUCGAGGGUAGUAGAGAUAAGGAAUUGGAGGGAAAACUGAGUGGCAGCGAACCAUCGCCUCGCCUGGCAGUGUUGUACAAAAUGGCGGGAUCCGUCACCGCGGCUGUUCUCUACUUAUCGUUGUCUGACAAAUAUCCCAUCACUGUUCUAGAAGAACUAAUGGAUCCAAAAUCUGAGGUUUCCCAUUCUUGGUCCGCCCUUUACCUAUUAUGGUAUGCAUACCUGGCAACACUUGUAGUGAGAUGCAAGUACUACCACGCAUGGUUGUUGUCAGAGGCGAUAUGUAAUAACUCCGGCAUGGGAUUCAACGGAUACGACACUGAUGGUGCCCCGAAAUGGGAUAAACUGUCCAACAUUGAUGUGUUUGGAUUUGAGUUCGCGCAAAACUUCCGAGCGGCGGUCGCGAGCUGGAACAAGAACACGAACGCGUGGCUGCGCAACGUGGCGUACGAACGCAGCGCGCGGCUCCGCACGGUGCGCGUGUACGCGCUGUCCGCUCUGUGGCACGGCUUCCAUCCUGGAUACUACUUCACGUUCUUCGCCGGUGGACUGUUCACUGUUGCGGCUAAAAAGUUGAGAUCGUUCGUCCGCCCGAUGUUUUUAGACAGUCGGCCGAAGAAGUUGUUCUACGACCUCCUAACGUUUAUGACGACGAGAGUGGCGAUGACCUACGCGACCGUUCCCUUUGUACUGCUACAUCUCUCGCCGAGCCUCGCUUUCUAUGGGAGAUUGUAUUAUUCUCUACACUUCAUAGCCCUCGGAGCGUUGUUGCUACCGCCAAAAAAGCACGUUUCAAGUCCUUCCCUAAGCAACGAGCUUCCUAAAGAGUCUUCCAAGUAUACGAAUAACGCACAAAACGAAAAGGCUGAAACUAAUGGAAAAAUGAAGAUAUCGUAAUUCCUAACAUGAUUCGUCUAUCCGUAAACUAAGUAGUAUUUAAAAAAAAAUAAGGAAAAUAUUUUUUCAAACUUGCAACACUGAAUAAAUCGAGCCAUAUUAUAAUUUUUAAUUAUUGUAACCAGCACAAAGUCGAAAAUAAAAAGGUCGUAGGACCUUUGUGUUUACUUAUUGAAAUUAUUAUUUAUAAUUGAAUUUCUUUAA